GCCAGCGAGGAAUGUUCGCCCGGCGAGGAGUCGCGCACUGAGCCGCCGCCGCCGCCGCCCCCCAGUCCCGGUCUGCCCGGCGCCCCGCGCCAGGAGGCGUCGGCCAGGCCGAAUCCCAGCUCAGCGAGCGGGGGUGGGGGGUGGCUCGACGGCGACCAGCCCGGCUCGGAGGGCCCGGAGGAGGACUUGGAGGAAGGGCGGCCUCGCAGGGGACCUCGCAAUGGCUCUCGACUUCCUGGCUGGAUGCGCUGGGGGUGUGGCAGGCGUGCUGGUGGGACACCCGUUUGACACAGUCAAGGUGCGGCUUCAGGUCCAGAGCAUGGAGAAGCCCCAGUACCGAGGGACCUUGCACUGCUUCCAGUCCAUCGUCAAGCAGGAGAGCGUGCUGGGCCUGUACAAGGGCCUGGGCUCGCCGCUCACGGGGCUCACCUUCAUCAACGCGCUGGUGUUCGGCGUGCAGGGCAACACCCUGCGGGCCCUGGGCCACGACUCGCCGCUGAAUCAGUUCCUGGCGGGCGCGGCGGCGGGCGCCAUCCAGUGCGUCAUCUGCUGCCCCAUGGAGCUGGCCAAGACGCGGCUGCAGCUGCAGGACGCGAGCCCCACCCGCACCUACCGGGGCUCCCUGGACUGCCUGGCGCAGAUCUACCGGCACGAGGGCCUGCGCGGCGUCAACCGGGGCAUGGUGUCCACGCUGCUGCGCGAGACGCCCAGCUUCGGCGUCUACUUCCUCACCUACGACGUGCUGACGCGCGCGCUGUGCUGCGAGCCAGGCGACCGGCUGCUGGUGCCCAAGCUGCUGCUGGCCGGCGGCACGUCGGGCAUCAUGUCCUGGCUCUCCACCUACCCCAUGGACGUGGUUAAGUCGCGGCUGCAGGCGGACGGGCUGCGGGGCGCCCCGCGCUACAGGGGCAUCGUCGACUGCAUGCGCCAGAGCUACCGCGCCGAGGGCUGGCGCGUCUUCACGCGCGGGCUGGCCUCCACGCUGCUGCGCGCCUUCCCCGUCAACGCCGCCACCUUCGCCACCGUCACCGUGGUGCUCAGCUAUGCGCGCGGCGAGGAGGCCGGGCCGCCGGAGGGCGAGGCUGUGCCCGCCGCCGCGGGGCCCGCGCUGGCUCAGCCCUCCAGCCUGUGACCCCAUGGCCGUCCCCUGGCGGAUCGCCCCGCGCCGCCCAGAAGCCCAGACACUAGGCUGAGGACGCAGUCAGAUGGGCUGAAUUCCACUCACCAGCGGGGCGACCUGGGCCACAAACUUUGACAUCAGUUUUAUCAUCUGUGAAAUGGGGAGCCUCAUUCAUUGUGCAGUCAGCGCUGCGACAGGCCUGUGCAGCGCCUGGCACGGUUACCUGGAGUCUUCCAGAAACCCAGCGACACUAGCCCUUCCCUGGGGUCCUGCGCACCACCGCCAUGUGGCCUCUGAUGGCCCACCCGUGGCCUGCCCAGUGACUUACUAACUCUGCACAUCCUUUACCUGGCAGAGCUCCAGAGACCUUGUUCACCUGUCUAGUCUGUGUUGGGGACAGAGAGGCAGCUGGGGGUGCCUCCUGGCAUCAGAAUUGAAUCCUCUGCUGAUGUACCCAGCUUCUCCACAGGGCACUGCUAGGAAUACCCCCACUACUGCCACCCCUACCUGAGGGGGACCUGGGGACCUGCCGAGAAGACAUGGAUGGGAUCUGCCGGAGGCUCCGUGUCCUCCUGGGGACUGGGGUGGGGAUCAGGAGAGCUCGACAGAUACGGCCUGGCAAGCAGAGGUCCUUUUACCCUCGUCCUCAGGCUGUCUGUAAAAGGGGGACAUGGGUCAGUGGAUACCUGGAGCUCUGGCCCCCAGCCCCAGCCAGGGUUCCCCAAGGUGUGCAGAGGGGUCAUCAGGCAGGUAAUAUAGAAUCCCCAACCCCUAGCAAACAGUGUCUCUCCUGGGCACUUUCCUCAGUGCCUGGUGCUCCCGUGAGGCCAUGAAGGGCCUGUUAGUGGGCAUAGGGGUGGCCAUUUGGGGCCCCUCUUGGCGGAGGAGGAUUGGAGCCCACGUCCGGAGCUGUGACUAGAAGCCAGGGCUGUGGUGGGAGCUGGGGGUAGCUGGGCACAUCCGAUAUGGUGCGGCCACGUGAUCGGAUCGGGAGGCCGCUGGUUGUGCCUGGAUGGGAGGUCACUGGCCUCAUCUCCCUGAGUGGGCCUCCACCCCCUGGACAAUGUGACAAGCUCUCCUGGGAGGCAGACACGGCUCCCACCCUGUAUGCAGGGUGUCACCGUUGCACAGAAACACCGAGGGAAUAAAGUAUUCUUUGUUUUUUUUUUUUAA